AUGGAUCUUAACAAAACUGUCACCGAAUUCGUCAUCCUGGGAUUCUCUAACCUUGGACAAUAUCGGCCUGUUGCCUUCACACUCAUGUUUAUGAUUUAUAUAAUGAUUAUUGCUGGAAAUGUGUCAAUAUCUGUGCUGAUAAUUAUUGACAGAUGCCUACACAUGCCAAUGUACUAUUUUAUAUGUAUGUUGUCUGUCCUUGCGAUAUGCAACACAGCUGUCACCAUACCUAGUAUGUUGGUCAUUAUCUGGAAGGGCAGAUCUCACAUCUCGUUUAACAAAUGUAUAAUGCAAGUGUACCUCUUCCAUUCAUUUGGUAUAACUGAGAAUUACUUACUUAACGUAAUGGCUUAUGACCGUUUUGUUGCUAUCUGUAAUCCGCUUAGAUACCACACCACCAUGACGCCAAGCCACUGCAAGGUUUUAGUAUCGUGCUGUUGGCUUCUGGGGUUUUUAAGCCCCAUCACCUCAAUAGCCUCGCUGUCUCAGUUGCCUUUUUGUGGUCCUAAUGAAAUAAAUCACCUCUUCUGUGACUCUUCACCCCUUCAGAACCUUGCCUGCAUAGACAACGAUGUUGUUUUAAUUGUUGACUUUGUCAUAAACUUGUGCUUGAUCACUUCCACGUUUCUCUUUGUACUUAUAACUUACGUUCAAAUAAUACUGAACAUAAUGAAAAUAAGAUGUAAGAAAGGUAGGAGAAAGACCUUUUCAACGUGCGCAUCCCAUCUCGCAGUUGUACUCCUCUUUUAUGGAAGUGUUGGUUUUAUGUACAUUAGGCCAAAAAAGAAUUUUACAUCAGAAUAUGAUAAGUUGGUGGCCAUCAAUUAUUCUGUACUUACGCCAUUGUUUAAUGUUAUCAUCUACAGUCUGCGGAACAAAGAAAUUAAGAUUGCAUUGAAAAAAAUCUUUAAGACCAAGGUAUUUUUCAAUAGAAUCGUGCAGAGUUCCACCACUAAAUUCACGUAG